AUGCUUGAAUUCGAUGAGAGCCUAAGGGUAGGUGUCGAACCGAUUGAGACUGACGAUAUCUGCGCUGUUCUCGUGGAGAGAAGGAGCGGGGCUGGAGACCUGAUGAUUCAUGGCAAUAAAAGACUCGUAGCUAUCAUGACGGGACCGACCCAGACCGACGAGUACAUCAUCGUGGCCAUGAGGGUCAAUGAAGACUGCAAGACAAACGGCAAUCAGCAAUGUUUCCGGCCUCCGCGGCAAAGAUCAGAGUCUCUGGGACAAUCCGAUGGACAGAGAAUGGCGAUUGAUGUUACUGGUAUUGCGCACAGUGACCAGAAGCUCGUGGAGAUUGUUGAAAACAUAGGUUGUGGACACCUCAGUCCUCCUCAUCAAGGAUCCUUCGACAUACUCGUUCGUAGUCAUGGGAACGCGUUGGAGAAGAGUGCAGUUGGAGAACAGUGA